ACUUUCCAAAUUUGUAACCCAAUCCCUCCCUACAACUCCAAUUAAAACUUGUAAAUAAAAUCUUCUCUGAUUCUUCAAUGUAAAAACAUGUUAUAUACCAUCUCUAUAAAUUAUAAAUCCCAAAUUUACCAGCCAUAAUAAUUAACCUUUUUCUCCCACUAUGAACAUUAAUAAUACCAACGCCGUCAACUCUCCCGCCGUCACCGUUAAGAAAACUCAAGGGCGGAGGAAAAUCGCAAUCAAACCAAUAGCAAAUCAAAACAGUAGGCACGUUACCUUCAGCAAACGCCGUUUAGGUCUUUUCAAAAAAGCCAGUGAACUCUGCAUUUUAACCGGUGCUGAAAUUGCUAUACUGGUUCAGUCUUUGAAACGACAGCGUUUAUUCACCUUCGGUCAUCCCAGCGCCGACGCCGUCAUCGAUCGGUACCUCACCGGAAAAUCAUCGUCAUCAUCAUCAGAAGAAGAAGAAUCUGCCGGCGAUAAUCAGUUCAACUUUGUUCAACAGAGCAACGAAUACUAUUCUCAGAUCUGUAGAGAAUUGGAGACGGAGAAGAAGAGAAAGGAGAUUAUUGAUGAAUCGAAGAUGGUGAAUGGUAAUAAUGGAGAUGGAGGAGGAUUCUGGUGGAAUGAAUCGACUGAUGAUAUGGGGAUUGAGGAACUUGAAAAAUUUGUGAGUGCAUUGGAAGAAUUGAAGAAUAAAGUAAAUAUGAGAUGUGAUGAAUUGAGUAUGAUAAAUAGUUCUUCUUCAAUGCCGGCGUCUACUUCAACUAUGAAUCAGGCUAUUGAUUAUUGUGCUUCCAUUGUUCCUUUUGAUUUCAAUUACCCGGGAAAUUCCCAAUUAUGAACCAUUUAUUUCGCAUGAUUAGUUAUAUUUGUAAUAAUAUUGAGGCUCCCGUUGUUUUUUGGAUUAGUAAUAUCGGAAUAAUUAUUUUGAGUUGUGUCGAAUGAAAAAAAAAAGUUAAUUGCUCAGUGACAAAAGAAGCACGGGCGGGUGUGCAUCGGAUCAUUUUCGCCUAAAAUUGCUCCGCCCAUGCAAAUUAAGGAGAGGAUGGAGGGUGAGAGCUAAAAACCUCUCCCUUUAACCGA